GACAGCGACCCGGCCAGCCCCGGAGCUCAGUCCCCGAAGGAUGACAAUGAAGAUAAUUCAAAUGAUGGGACCCAUCCCCCCAAAAGGAGGCGAAUGGGCUCAGGAGAUAGCUCUAGGAGUUGUGAAACUUCAAGUCAAGAUCUUGGCUUUAGUUACUAUCCAGCAGAAAACCUGAUAGAAUACAAAUGGCCGCCUGAUGAAACAGGAGAGUACUACAUGCUUCAAGAACAAGUGAGCGAGUAUUUGGGUGUGACCUCCUUUAAACGGAAAUAUCCAGAUUUAGAGCGACGAGAUUUGUCUCACAAGGAGAAACUCUACCUGAGAGAACUUAAUGUCAUUACAGAAACUCAGUGCACUCUAGGCUUAACAGCAUUGCGCAGUGAUGAAGUUAUUGACUUAAUGAUAAAAGAAUAUCCAGCCAAACAUGCUGAAUAUUCUGUUAUUCUACAAGAAAAAGAACGUCAGCGAAUUACAGACCAUUAUAAAGAGUAUUCUCAAAUGCAACAACAGAAUACUCAGAAAGUUGAAGCCAGCAAAGUGCCUGAGUAUAUUAAGAAAGCUGCCAAAAAAGCGGCUGAAUUUAAUAGCAACUUAAACCGGGAACGCAUGGAAGAAAGAAGAGCUUAUUUUGACUUACAGACACAUGUCAUCCAAGUGCCACAAGGGAAGUACAAAGUUUUGCCGACAGAGCGAACAAAGGUCAGUUCCUACCCAGUGGCUCUCAUCCCCGGACAGUUCCAGGAAUAUUACAAGAGGUACUCACCAGAUGAGCUGCGGUAUUUGCCAUUAAACACAGCCCUGUAUGAGCCACCUCUGGAUCCUGAGCUUCCUGCUCUGGACAGUGAUGGUGAUUCAGACGAUGUGGAAGAUGGCCAUGGUGAUGAGAAACGGAAAAGUAAAGGCACUUCGGACAGCUCCUCUGGCAAUGCAUCCGAUGGGGAAAGCCCUCCUGACAGCCAGGAGGACUCUUUCCAGGGAAGACAGAAGUCUAAAGACAAAGCUGCUACUCCGAGAAAAGAUGGUUCCAAACGCUCUGUACUGUCCAAAUCAGUUCCUGGGUACAAGCCAAAGGUCAUUCCAAAUGCUAUAUGUGGAAUUUGUCUGAAGGGUAAGGAGUCCAACAAGAAAGGAAAGGCUGAAUCACUUAUACACUGCUCCCAAUGUGAUAACAGUGGCCAUCCUUCUUGUCUGGAUAUGACCAUGGAGCUUGUUUCUAUGAUUAAGACCUACCCAUGGCAGUGUAUGGAAUGUAAAACAUGCAUUAUAUGUGGACAGCCCCACCAUGAAGAAGAAAUGAUGUUCUGUGAUGUGUGUGACAGAGGUUAUCAUACUUUUUGUGUGGGCCUUGGUGCUAUUCCAUCAGGUCGCUGGAUUUGUGACUGUUGUCAGCGAGCCCCCCCAACACCCAGGAAAGUGGGCAGAAGGGGGAAAAACAGCAAAGAGGGAUAGUUUUUUUGACCCUAAUAUUGAAUAUACACUUAAGUGGAAUAUUUGGUGCCAGUUUAUUUACAACAUUUUCAUUUUUAUGUCAAUAAAAGAACUUUGAAAUUAAA